UGCGCAUGCUUUGUAACGGUUACACUGACUUCUUUCCCCCAAUCUCCAGACGCUACGCAGACCAUGUCGGGAUUCACUAUGUGCUCUGCUCGAAGCUGCGCCAGUUCGCGUAUGAGGAGCUCGAGUUCUUCCUCCCGCAGUACGUCGUAGUCUUCCCCCGAAUUGUUUUGGCGAGAAAACAAGACCCACCGAGCGAAACUUCAUUGUAACUCGUUCGAAGAGUGACUGAUACGUGUGCGG